AUGGCCUCUGAUUCGGAGGUGGACGCUCCUCGCGUCAAUGGCACUGUUGAGGACGCUGUUCUCGGUGGCCUCGACCCGUCGACCCCUCAAGAGCACGAGACGGGCGCUCAUCCGCUGUCCCAAAUCACGCUCCCGUCUACAGAAAUGCCAGGAUCGCCCAUUGACGCAAACCAAUCGUUCAAGACGGAGGUCAUGGAUGACCGACCAGCUAUCACAGUGAUUCCGUCAUCGCUGACACCGCCGCCGUCCACGCAGGUCGCGGCCAGCAACGGUGCCUCGAGACGCACCUACUCCAAUUCUCAACAGUCCGCUCUCUUCUCACCACCCGCCACUAUACUCAACACGAUGCGUGAGCGAGAAAUUGAAUCCGACUACACGCCACCGGCGCCUCACCGAGUGCUCGAGGCAUCAGCCGAUGAGCUGCGCGCCAUGCUGCAGACAUGCAUCGCUGAGAACCAGAAGCUCAAGAUGGAGGCAGCACACCACAAGCUGCAGUAUAACCUGCUGAGCCUGCAGGCAGACGAAGAGUCCAAGCGCGCCGCGGUGGAGCACGACAUGGUGCGCCGUGAAGUGGACGCCUUGCGGAUGGCAGAGCAUUCCCGACAGGCCAAGCGCGAGCUGAGCACGGUGUCCGAGUCAAUACAGAACAAAUACUUGCAGAUGAAGAUGUGGUACGAAUCAGCAAUGGAGGAGAAUGAGGCGCUCAGCCGCAGGGUCAAGCUGGCCAAGAAGGUGAUCCAGCAGAAGGAGGAAGAGACUAUGACACUGGCCGAGGAGCGCGAGAUGCUGCUGAAUCGCAUCCGCGAGAACCGGGAGCACUUCCACAUGCUGUGCAGCCCGGGUGGCAUCUUUCACAACGCCCUGACACCCAAGCAGGUCAUAACAUCGACACCACAACAGCAGCAGCAGCAGCACCGCACGACGUCUCGCGCCCUGCACCGUGAAGAGACAGACGGACGAGAACACGGGCUGUCGGCUCUACUGGAGGCUAUGAGCCAGAGUCAAUCUCAAGAAAAUAACGCGGCUACCAUAGCUGCUACCAACAACAACAGCGCGCCGUCAACGCCAAUGGUGAUGGCUCGACCUGCCUCUCGACUGGUCAGACGGCACCAGCGCAACGCCCAAUCCAUGUCAUCGCUUCCGACAACUCCCUCCAGCAGAUUACGUGGAGACAACAGCGGCCUGCUGCCAUCGAGACAAUCACGGCGAAGAAGACGAGAGAGUACCAUUUCGGCCGAUGACAAUGAGGAGCUUGCUCGGCAGGCCAUCGAAUCGGUCAAGGCAGUCCAAUCACUGUCGACCCAAGAUGCCCCAGAAGGGGUCCCACUCAGCUCACAAGAAGAUGACGAACAACUCCAGGACAGCCAGGCGAGCCAGGCAGCGGCCGAGAUGCUACGCCGGCACCCCGGCCAGGGGUACAAGGCGCCGCCAUCCCGGGAUGGUACGGCAGGACCGGCGGAGAAGUCUGCAGCAAUGCACGCCAAGCUUUUCGCGGGCAGUAAAACGGCAAUCGGGGCUGAGAAGCGCAAACUGACGGCCGAGGGUGAGGCCGGAGCCGAUGAUAUGGAAAGUCCGCAGAAGAAACUGAGGGCUGGCGGAGCAGCAUCAGAAAGCCGCCGUGUUGGGCUAGGCAUUCAAUACGGACAAUAA